AUGGACGAGAAGGAAAUCUUUAGUGUCAAGGAAGAGGAAAAGUCUCUCCUUCGCCCUUGCAACUUUGCCCAAGAAAACGGAAACCGUAUAGCGCGAGAUAGAUUAGCGGAUGCUGUUCGAACCCCCGACAAUAGAAUCACGGAAUCUGAAAAUGAAGUUGGUUUGGAGCAAUCAUACAGCCAUGUGGUCAAACUAUCAAAAUUGCUGCACCAUGAGAUAUCCAAACUUAGGCGUAUCUCUGGAGAGAAUCAACACGUUAUAAGAUCAAUGCAGGAGAAGAUUGCCCAAUUGAAGAAGCAUAACCAAAUUUUGGAGGAACAGUUACAAGACUGUCAGGCACGAAUACUCAGAUCAUCUCCUGUGGCUGUCUUGAGUGAUGCUACUGUCUUGGCAGAUUUCAGUAGGAUUCGCGAGACCCUUUCUAACUGGGUUGAGGAGUUGCCUGAAAUUUGUGAAGACUUUGCCGGUCACUUGUUUGCCGCAUUCAGCGAACUUUCUCUUGAUUCUCAUGUAUCCAAAGAUACGAAUAGCUAUCCACAAGGGCCUCUUGCAGUGCAGUCUGAACUUCUGAUGCACCUGGUUUUCUGUCGUCUUUCAAAGGGGCUCUUUGAGGUCUUAGUCCCGGGAAUAUCACCAUCAGAUAACGAUCUCUUGGAUGGCCUUCGUGAGGGGCUGUUGUCGCUACAGUCCAAGAACAGUAGGUUAGCAUCAGACUCGUUUUCACAUUUGCUAACUUUGUUAGACUUCGAGAAUGUGAGUGGUGGGAGUUCGAACAUUAUAGAGGCCUAUGUUGCAUCCCAAAAAUACCAGAAGGGUGUCGACAACGAAUGCUUCGAGAUAAUCGCUGAUUUGGACGACUUUUUUUGGUGGAUCGACUUUGAGUGCGACGUUAAUUGGGACAGCAAAAUGGCAACACUAUCUACAAAUAUUCUGGAACCGGCCGUCAGUCUCGCAACGAAGAUGAGCUGUUCACCCGCGCAAUACAUGUGGAAUUGGUAUGGCGAGGCAUACUUCCCCCAACGAGUCGUACGCAAGUACCACCUGAAACAUUUUACCGUGCAAGACGCCCGCACUCAUAAUAGAGUAUCCCUGGCAAAUCUUGCGCUUUUGGACGAUGAAACCCCACUUGGCGAGCUCUUGGUGAUAAUUUUCCCUGCAUUGUUCCGACGGGGAACUCAUGGGAGUAGGGAUGUCCAAAUUGAGAAGGCUGUUGUCCUCAUCCGGGCGAACGAGGACUUGCAGAGACAGAAGAGAUCGGAAAACAGAUCACGCAUGUUUGGAAAAAGUGUUCUCCAGAAGUUCAAGGAUUCUGCUCUAGGACAGCCGAACUGA